CGCCCUCGCGCCCAGCCCGGCGCCCAGCCUCCCUCCGCCUCUCCCCCCGCCCCUGCGCGACGCGCGAAGUCGGCACAAGCGCGGCGCGGGAUGGCGGGGGUGCAGACGGCGGUCCUCAUCGGCGCCUACGCCCUCUUGUUAGUGCUCGCCGUCGUGAUCGGCGUCGUCAUCAGCCAGCAGAACCCUCGCCGGGGCAUCCGCGGCCGCCCGCGCGCCUCCACCGCCCCCCUCGGCGAUGGGCCCAUAAGGAUCGGGCGCCCGAGCGGUGCUCCUCGCAGGGGCGCCCCGCCGCCCCCGCCCACCCCCUCCCCCGCCCCCAACCACCGCCGCUCCAGACUACGACUACGUGUACGUGGAUGACUUCGACCAGAACAUCGCCCUCCUGCCCAACCCUGUGGUCGCCAGCGCCCCCCUCCCCCUCCCCCCACGUCGGCCCCCGUGUUCAGGCCGCUCCCCGCCCCCGCCCCGCCGCCCCGGAGCCCCAGCCCGCCCCCAGCCGCCCUCCGCCGCCCCGCCGCCAGAACAUCCCCCUCGCUAGCAUCGACCGGGACUUCAGCCUCCAGCCCGACGACACGCCCCGCGGCCGCAAGGAGCCCGAGGUCAAGAUCCUGAGGUCGUGGUCGCACCAGAACGCCGACGGCACCUUCUCGUGGGGCUACAUCAACACCGACGGCUCCUUCAAGAACGAGACCCGCGGCCUGGACUGCGUGGUCAACGGCGUCUACGGCUACAUCGACCAGGAGACGGGCGAGCAGCUGUCCUUCCCCUACACGUCGGGCAACCCCUGCGACCCCGACGCCCCCGACUACUACGACUACGACCUGCAGGGCGCCCCCGUCGGCGACAUUGGCCAGCCCGUGAUCAUCCGCGGCCCCGCCGGACGCCCUCGCCAGGGGUGAUCGGACCGCCCGCGCAGGAUGGGGGACGGACGCGCCCUUGUGAGGCCCGCCCUGCGCCACGCCCCCACGGCCCUCGAGCCCUGACUCCGUCCGCCCCCGAUGCACACGGGCCUCCCUUCUCUAUUUCUCAAACUGCCAUAAUUCUAAUCCAAAAUCUAUCUAUUUCACGCAUGGAAGUAUUACCAUAUUUAUAAACUAUAUGGAUAUGCAAGGAAAUUUAUUUGUACAUACCGAUCUUUUCAUUUGAUCCGUUUUCUCCAGACGUGCACGUUACCACCGCAAAUGUGCUCUGAUUACUGUAUAAACGUAUUAGUAUAGAUUUAUGAACUGAUAUACUAUCGGUUUUCCGUGUAAUCUUUAAUAAAAAAGAAAAAAUACA